CACAGAAACGCAUUAGGAGAUUUCUAUAAAAUAAAUAAACAGCAAUAAAAUACAUUUAAGCAACAAUGGCGAAAUUGUUGCAACGCCUGGAGGUGACGCUUCGAAGUUUUUAUGUUUUCAACUCGAACUUUGGGGAGAAGGAAGGCGAGGAACACAAAAAAGUCUUGUACUAUCAUCCGAACGACAUCGAACUGAACACGAAAAUAAAGGAUGUGGGCCUCAGCGAAGCAAUCAUCAGAUUUACUGGCACCUUCACCACGGAGGACGACUGCAAGGCGCUGCAUACGCAAAAGACAACACAGCUCUUUUACCAGCCCGAGCCGGGCUUCUGGCUGGUUCUGGUGCUGAAUGUGCCCAAGGAAAUACGGCUGAAGGAGGGCGUGGAGGUGGCCGACUACCGGGGCGGCGAAGUGUCCGACCGCAUCUACAGGGCCGUCCUCCGCCAGUGUUAUCAAAUGUAUUGCUUUCAGCAUGGAACACUGGCGUCCGUUGGAGCUGGCUUAGAGCAGGUCGAUGAGCGCCGCGAACUGCUAUCCGAGCAACUGCUGCAGUUCUAUGAGAAAUAUCUGACCUGCCUGAAGGAUCUGGCCCACUGUGAUAUCAUUGACAUGCUGCAUUCCAUCCAAUACCUGCCCCUAGACAAGUCGCUCUUCCUGCGGGCGCACAAUUUUGGCAUGCUGUGCGCCACCUUUCCGGUGAUCAAGCAGAGCAUUAUGUUCUACAACGAGCAGAUCGUCUGCGGGGGCAAGCUCAGUGCCGGCGAUCUCUACAGUCUUCAUGCAUACAUUGUCCACAAUGUUCUAGCAUUGGAAUCAAGCGCAUCAUCUGCCGCCACGCCAGUGCUAAAGCGCAGCAUCAGCGAGUGCCAAGCGAGAGGGUUCGUACGCUGCCAGCCCGACGAUGCCCAGGAGGAAGCACCACCGCUUACGGUCUACCUAACCAUCGAAAAUCAAGUUACGCCACAUUACUUGCUCAUCUAUCGUGCUCUACACAUAACCCUGUGUCUUUUCCUCGAUGCCAAUGAGCCUGCUCCAAAACAGGAACUCUACGAUGAGCUGCAUGCCUACAUUGCGCCCCAGCUGACAUGCCUGGCCCGUGAUAUUGCCAGCGAGGUGGCAAAGGAAGCUCUGGCGCAUCCUGUACCGGACAGCGGCUCAGCGUCCAACGAAUCCGCACCCAAAUAUCUGUUCAUCAACGAACAGAGCCUGCAGCACCACACGAACCUACACAGGAAUGGCGUGCCGCGGAACGUAAUGAGCGUAAUUGCGGAUCUGGCCAAUCCCGGCGAGCAUUUGGAUGUGGCUGCAGCUGCGCCCACAGAGGAGCUGCAGGUGAAGACCACCAAUGACUAUUGGAUUGUGAAGCGGCGCUGCAACUGGCGGCAGUACUAUGUGAUUCUGUGCAACAGCAAGGCGACCCUUCUGGACGUGACGCAGGAAGCGAAGCGUAUAUUUGAACAGGAGCUCACAGAUGAUGUAUUCUUUGACAAAUAAAUAGCAGUAUGAGGUAAA